GAUUACUGAUUCAGGUGGAUUCGUGAGGCGCAUGCAACAUGAGGAACACGGCAUCGGCUAAUGCUCUCUCCUUUUUCGCUCUUGGUAUGUCGGUUUGCCUGCUGUACUCUUCAGAAUUCUUUGAUUUAAGAAGGAAUAGAGUGUUUGAUGGUUACACUUGCCCUGAUUUGAAACGCGUUUUUAGUACUGACAAGGUUUACAGCGAUAUGCAAUGUGCUUUGUAUUGCAAAUAUUCGUCGUCCUGUGUUGACAUAUUUUACCAACCAGAGAAAAGGAGAUGCGACGGCUGUAUGCAUGUUUUAGAGACAGAACUGGAAAUUGCAAACGGGUCUUUGCAUUAUACAAGGGGAGGAGAUUGUGGGAUUCUACCUUCUAUUGCUUACGGAAAUAUCUCUCUGAAAUCCGGAACACAUUUCAUGGACAGAGCAACUGUUAAUUGUGAUCCUAGAUUCCGGGCCAGGCCUGACGAAAUAUCGUGCACAUCCAAUGGUAACUGGGAGAAAGCCUUUUGUGAAGAAUACGAUUGCUUUAUCACAGACGUAAGAAGCUAUAGAGGAAAACGAAACAUAACAGAAACUGGCAUUACUUGCGAGAGAUGGGAUGACUACAGUCAUAACAUAAAUGUGGAUCUGUUACCAGAGACGUCGUUUUCUGAAGCCGAAAACUACUGCCGCUUGCCGAAUCUCAUAUGGGGGCACUUGUGGUGUUAUGCAGUCACAGAAACUGGAACAGUAAUGACCGGUUGUGGAAUAACGAAAUGCUGAUUGACAAAUCUAAAUUGUUUAACCUUUCCUUAAUUUACCAACUGAUUGAUAAAUAAAUAAAUAAAUAAAGUCUAAAAUAUAUAAAUGUAUAACAUCUGUGUGUAGUAACUCAAAAAUGUAUUUUGUUUAUCUGUUUCUUUCUACGGUAUCAACCUUGACAGUUACAAUACAAAUAUCCAUGCUUUUUGCCACACACAACCGUUUGACGGUUAAUUGGACAAGUUUCAAGCACAGUAUUGACUUCAUAAAAUCAUUGUUAAGUUAAGGCAGUUCAGAAUUAACAGCAGAAGAAUAGAAAAAGCUGCAUUUUUCUCUUUGAUUAGAAAAAAAGUACUUUGAUUUUGUCUUUGUUUUUGUUUACGUUGUUUUGAAAGAGGUUA